UCUUCCAACAAAUGGAUGAGACAGUCGGCCGCGGAGCUGGAGGACAGAAAAUCACAAAAAACGACAUCUUUUAUCCUAUUUAUAUGUAAUAUUUUAGAUUUUCACCGCGGGGAGCGCAUUCAACAGUGCGCAGAAUAAGAUGAGCUGCUGAAAGCUGCGCCGUCAAACAAGGUGGAGGAGUGAGUGAAUCAUCGACUGACGAGGACAGCGCUGCAUUUCUCUGUUUAUCAGAGAUAAUAAUAAGCAAACUGAUUAGAAAUAUAGGGAACAAUGUACGUUUUUUGGAGCUUGUACAUAAUGUGAUUAUUACGCACAGAUCAAACGGAUGACGCGCAACUCCAGUCGCGGACGCGCAUCGUGAGGCGCACCUUGAUUUCAGAAGUUCUUUUAAUUCUUCUUCUUCUUCUCUCUGCUGUCCACCCAACUUUGAACAAUACUUCCCUUGUCGUGAAUGCAGACGACAGGACACAAGGAGAGAAAGGCGCGGUGAUUGAACAUGCCUGAGCCGCUGUGGCAUCAGGGGGCGCUGGCUGGAGCUCCCCGAAGCGCCUGAAUCUCUCACUCUCUUUUCUGUCCGAGUUGGUUUGUUUGAUCCGAGGGGCCGAAAAGGUGACCAGAUGGCGUAGAAAGGAGAGAAAUUCAGUCCGGAUCCCUCGAUCCACAUAUCCAAGAUGAAUAUGAUCAUCCAGUUAUCGCCCGACGUGCUCUGUGACAGCAGCGGCCAGCGAAUGUGGUGGGCUUUCCUCGCUUCCUCCAUGGUUACUUUCUUUGGGGGGCUCUUCAUUAUCCUCCUGUGGAGGACCCUAAAGUACCUGUGGACCGUGUGUUGUCACUGUAACGCCAAGAAGAAGGAUGUCCACCGGAUCACCACAGGUGAUGGCAUUAAGCGUAUAGACAAAGAGGACGCUGUGGUGAGCGAGGUGGGCUGGAUGACAUCAGUGAAAGACUGGGCCGGAGUCAUGAUAUCCGCUCAGACUCUAACGGGAAGAAUCCUGGUAGUGCUCGUGUUCGUUCUCAGCAUUGGAGCCCUUGUAAUAUACUUCAUAGAUUCUUCUGAUCCCAUUGAGGACUGUCACAUUUUCUACAAAGACAUCACCUUGCAGAUUGACAUGGCAUUCAACGUGUUCUUCUUGCUCUAUUUUGGCCUCCGUUUUAUUGCUGCCAAUGACAAGCUUUGGUUCUGGCUUGAGGUGAAUUCGGUGGUGGACUUCUUCACAGUUCCUCCAGUGUUCGUGUCAGUGUACCUAAACAGGAGCUGGCUUGGUUUGAGGUUUUUAAGAGCCUUAAGAUUGAUGCAGUUCUCAGAAAUUUUACAAUUUUUGAAUAUUCUAAAGACAAGCAACUCCAUUAAGUUGGUGAACUUGUGUUCAAUCUUCAUAAGCACAUGGCUAACUGCGGCAGGCUUCAUUCAUUUGGUGGAAAACUCAGGGGAUCCUUGGGAAAACCAAAAUUCCCAAACACUUUCCUACUGGGAAUGUGUCUACCUUCUCAUGGUUACGAUGUCGACCGUCGGCUAUGGAGACGUUUAUGCAAAAACCACCCUUGGCCGCUUGUUUAUGGUCUUCUUUAUUCUUGGUGGUUUGGCCAUGUUUGCAAGCUACGUCCCUGAAAUCAUAGAGUUAAUAGGAAACCGCAAGAAAUAUGGUGGUUCCUAUAGUGCUGUUAAUGGGAGAAAACACAUCGUAGUCUGUGGUCACAUAACGCUCGAGAGUGUAUCCAACUUUCUAAAAGACUUCCUACACAAGGACAGGGAUGAUGUCAAUGUAGAAAUAGUUUUUCUCCAUAAUAUUUCCCCUAAUCUUGAGCUGGAAGCCUUGUUCAAGCGUCACUUUACCCAAGUAGAGUUUUACCAGGGGUCUGUCUUAAACCCACAUGACCUGGCCAGAGUCAAGAUUGAAUCAGCUGAUGCCUGCUUGAUCUUAGCGAACAAAUACUGUGCUGACCCUGACGCCGAAGACGCAUCCAACAUCAUGAGGGUAAUAUCUAUCAAGAACUAUCAUCCGAAGAUCAGAAUAAUAACGCAGAUGCUGCAGUACCACAAUAAGGCUCACCUUCUGAACAUCCCGAGCUGGAACUGGAAAGAAGGGGAUGACGCCAUUUGCCUUGCGGAGCUUAAACUAGGGUUUAUUGCCCAGAGCUGCCUCGCUCAAGGUCUCUCCACCAUGCUGGCCAACCUUUUCUCCAUGAGGUCCUUCAUCAAGAUUGAGGAGGACACAUGGCAGAAGUAUUACCUUGAAGGAGUAGCCAACGAGAUGUACACAGAGUACCUGUCAAGUGCCUUUGUUGGGUUAUCCUUCCCUGUCAUUUGCGAACUCUGCUAUGUGAAGCUGAAGCUACUGUUGAUAGCUAUAGAGCACAAGUCUGAUCAAAGAGAAAGCAGCACCCUGAUCAACCCUGGAAACCAUAUGAAAAUGCAGGAGGGGACCCUGGGCUUCUUUAUUGCAAGUGAUGCCAAAGAAGUAAAGAGGGCCCUGUUUUACUGCAAGGCCUGUCACGAUGAUAUAACAGAUCCCAAAAGAAUAAAGAAAUGUGGAUGCAAGAAAUUGAUAUAUUCCAAGACGCCCGCCUACAAGAGAAUGAGACUGGCAUGUUGCUUUGAUCGCGGCCGCUCAAAGUGUGAGCGCUCUUGCAUGCCGGUUAAUGUGCGUUGUAACUUGGACUACCCUCAUCGGGACAUACCACUCUCUCCUCUCUCUGUUAAUGAUUGCUCGGCCACUUUACGUGCCUCUAAAAAUAGCUAUAAUGGAUAUAUCAAAUCAAUUGAAGAGGACCAACAGACAGCUCUGUCACCCAAAAAGAAACAGCGUAAUGGAGGCAUGAGAAAUUCUCCAAACUCCUCGCCCAUGAUAACAAGACAUGACACGCUCCUCAUCCCGGGCAGCGAGCAGAUUGAAACCAUGGACGAGAACAUAAAGAAAUACGACUCCACGGGGAUGUUUCACUGGUGCCCGUCCAAGGACAUCGAGAAGGUCAUCCUGACCCGCAGCGAAGCAGCUAUGACUGUUCUGAGUGGACAUGUGGUUGUGUGCAUCUUUGGGGAUGUGAAGUCGGCACUGAUCGGUCUGCGAAACUUCGUGAUGCCCCUGAGAGCAAGCAACUUCCACUACCACGAACUGAAGCACAUUGUGUUUGUCGGUUCCCUGGAAUAUCUGAAGCGGGAGUGGGAAACUCUACACAAUUUCCCAAAACUAUCCAUUCUGCCAGGCACACCGUUGAGCAGGGCCGAUCUGAGGGCUGUCAACAUCAACCUCUGCGACAUGUGUGUCAUCCUGUCAGCCAAUCAAAACAAUACUGAUGAUGUAUCUCUGCAGGACAAAGAGUGCAUCCUGGCAUCACUUAACAUCAAAUCCAUGCAGUUUGACGACACCAUCGGGGUCUUGCAGGCCAAUUCUCAGGGCUUCACGCCACCAGGGAUGGACAGAUCCUCUCCCGAGAACAGCCCGGUCCACGGAUUAGUGCGGCAGACCUCUGUUACUACUGGAGCAAAUAUUCCCAUCAUAACAGAGCUUGCGCCAUUAGCAAAGCAAGGCAAAAAAGUGCCUGUGAUUUUAUUCAGUCAGGAUAAAAGCAGUGGGACCAGCAUUCAAAUGAUAACUGAGCUGGUUAAUGACUCGAAUGUUCAAUUUCUGGACCAAGACGAUGAUGACGAUCCAGACACAGAAUUAUACCUCACCCAGCCUUUUGCCUGUGGGACAGCUUUUGCAGUCAGCGUGCUUGACUCCUUAAUGAGUGCGACAUACUUCAAUGAUAAUAUCCUCACCCUGAUCCGGACAUUGGUAACAGGUGGUGCCACGCCGGAGCUUGAGGGUCUGUUGGCUGAGGAGAAUGCAUUACGUGGUGGCUACAGCACACCACAGACCCUGGCAAACAGGGACAGGUGUCGAGUGGCACAGCUGGCCUUGUACGACGGGCCCUUUGCUGACCUCGGGGAUGGUGGCUGUUAUGGGGACUUGUUCUGUAAAGCCCUGAAAACAUACAACAUGUUGUGUUUUGGCAUCUAUCGCUUAAGGGAUGCACAUCUAAACACACAAAGCCUGUGUACCAAACGGUACGUCAUCACCAAUCCUCCGUACGCAUUUGAACUCGUGCCCUCUGACCUCAUAUUCUGCCUGAUGCAGUUUGACCACAAUGCCGGCCAGUCGAGGACCAGCCUCUCCCACUCUUCCCACUCCUCGCACUCUUCGAGCAAAAAGAGCUCUUCUGUCCACUCAAUUCAAACCACCAACCGCGCCAACCGUGUCAAAAGCAGGGACUCACGAGACAAACAAAAGAUCAAUAGAGUUGGCCAAGAAAAGACAUGGUUUACAGAUGAGCCAGAGAAUACCCGCCUGAGGAACCUACAGAUCAAUCCUGUGAAUACUCUCACCGUCAAUCCAGUCGGUCACAAUAAAUCCACCAGUAGCUUGAUCCCAACCAUCAGAGAAGCCGAGGACGAGUGCUGAGCUCAAGACUCCAUGUCGACAUCUGGACAACCUGGUCAUCUUGAGAGGGUGUCAGUGUGGACCUUGGAUCAUUUCUUCACCUGCAAACAUAUAUUUUCAACCAGACAAACUGCUUUUUUCUUCCUUCAUCUUUGCAGCAAUGUAAUGCCUGAGCUGAUUUAGAAACAUGAAGACAAUCGUGACUAUGACUUACUUUUCAGUUUGCACAGCAGUGACCAGACUCCAUGACUGUUUCUUUGCUUGUUUAUUUCAUUUUGGGGAAUGAGGGUCAUUUGAGAAGAGCAAAACCAGAGGUGAUCAUAUGCCUUGUUGGAUGAAGGACUCUAAUCGUAAAAGUUGCCUUUUUCAGCUGUACAUGAACAAUUAAUCCAUUUGAGUCACAUAGUCUGGUUGAAGUAUUCUGUACAGUUUGUUAGAGUGUGUAUUUUACAUCCAGCUGCAACCCCCUAACCCAUCCCCCAUCACCACAGUGGCAUUGUUGAGGUCUGAUGCUGCGCACCAUUUACCACAGGAGUUGGACCUUGGAUCUGGGAAAUCCAGUUAGGGUUGGAAAUUAGCACUGGCCUAAUGUGGAUAAAGUGAUGGAUACAUUUCAUCAGCCCACAGGCCACAGGGGCAGGUUUGCAAUUUAAUUAGAUGUUUUAUAAAAUUUGCCUGCAAGAGACAUCAAUGCACCUGAGCUUCAGUUAGACUGCUGCAAAUGCCAUUAUUUGUAAAAGUGAAUAGUUUUGUGUCGUUACUUUCCUGGUAAGUGGUUGUUAGAAAUCAUGAAACUUUCUCAAGAGGAGCCAAAGAAUGAAGUUAAAUUGUAUUUUUUUUAAUGAGAAGCAAAGAAAGCACUAACAAAGACCCUUUAUGUGAGUGGCUAGUUUUAGAUGAGAGCAGGAAGUCAUAGUUUUGUUCUCAAUGGCAGCAACAUGUUCUGAGUAUUCUGGCCCUUUACCAUUGGAUGCAAUUGCAGUUUUGUACAUUUUGUAACCCAAAUUUAUUUGGACAUUUUGUAAUCACUUGACGACCAAUAACAGAUCAAAAUACUCAUCCGAGAACCAUUUCCAAACCUUUUCCACCUUCACGGGGACAUUUAUGGUGUGCCAUUCAACAGAAAAACAAAUCUGUUAGAAGGACAGAGGCAUUUGUUUUUUAAAUGCAACAACCAGGCUUCAUUGGUGUGCUUACUGGUCAACAGAAAAUAGUUUGAACCAGAUUUUGAUUAAAGUUCAGCAUUUUAAGUCUUCUUUGGUAGGAGUGUAUCAGCAUCCCCCUUCUUAAGUUGGCAUUAUAGUUUUUGUCCAGACUUUGUACAAUGAGACCAUUUUGUUCUUUUUAACCUCUCUGCAAACUAUAGUUUUAGCAAAAGGAUGUAGGUGAGCAAAUGUCAAGGAAGUACUACAAUAGAACACUUAAACUUUAUUUGUGAUAAAGCCUGAAUAUUCCAAGUUCACAGCAUGUCGGAUUUAGUUUUUCUGUCUUAGGACCCAAGGAACUCAGGUGCAAAUGGCGCGCAGCAUGGCACUUGGUGAUUUCUUUGCCAUUUGGAGCUAAUUCACAACAUUUGUAACAGUUAACAUCAGCCAGUGUCCAAAUUAAAAUGGCAUGUGGCUCCAGCCUUAUGUCUAUUCACAUGUACUUGUCUUAUCUUUGCCUUUUCAAGUCUACAAAUGUUUUAAAUGCUUAUUAGUUUAUGUUGCAAACCAAAAACCCCAAAAUAUCACUACAAAUAAAAAAAACAACACUGUAUUUUUUUAUGUUUUAUGAUAGAGCUGUUUUGUCCAUGAUCAAUUCAUUAACAUACAACACCAUAGACAGUUUCUAUGAUGGAGCAUGGCACAAUAUUCCAAGUUUGUAGACGAGUGGAUUUUUUUUUUUUUAUAAGCCACAUAUCGCAUGAAGUGGGCACUUUUAAGUCCUCCUUUGGCUGUAAGCACUGCCUGACACAGGAUUGUCUUGGAGGAAAUGAGGCAACUUGAAUGUACUCCAUGACCAAUCUUAAUGCCAUGAUCGCUUCAUUGCAUGGAUGCUCGACAAACAGCUCUAUCAUAAAAACUGGCAUGUGUCCAGAAAUCAGAAUUUUGAUCAAUCAAAAAUGAUCUUGAACAUGACUUUUAAAUCAACAAAUAUCGUUGUUUUAGUAUCAGAGAAUGAAGAGCAAUCAUGUCUUAUUUAAACAAUGGAACAUAACUAUAUUGGCACUGUUGUCACUUUACCUUAGGAUCCAUGGACGGGAAGUAAAGAAGUAAUAACAGUAAAUGAGAUUCUGAAUCCACAUAUGAUGCUUCACAGCCUUGCCUAGAAUUUGUGUUGGAUGUUCAAGGAAAAAAAAUAAGGCCUGUGACAUUUUUACUGGCGCUGAGAACAUCCAAGCUGUCCAUCCCUCAGUGCCAGUAAUGUGCCAGGCAGUGCUGAAGCCAACGGAGGACUCUACGAAGACCCACUAAUGCGAAAAGAGGCAUCUAGUUUUGCUUUCUCACUAUGAGUAAACUAUCUUUUCAAACAUCUUAAAAACAGCUUUCACCACCAUUACAAAGCAAUGCAUUACAUGUAAAUCUGUAAAACUUAAUGCAAACUAUUUCUCUGUAGCGUGUUCCUGUUUGACGGUACCUGUGGUGUUGAGACGUGUUCAGCAUUGCAGACUUGCUUGUAAUAUUUUUGUGCAUUUUUCAGCACAUUCACUCAUCAAACAGUGACAGUUCUUAGUUGAUAUAUACGUCACUAUACACAGAAACAAAAUUAUUGUCUUGUAUAAAUUUGCUUGUACAUAAACUGUACAUGAUUUCAUUUUGUAUUUUCACUAAUUAAAAGCAGAUGUAUUGUGUUCUACUAAA